CUUCUUGUCCAUCUUAUUUAUACUUUCUGAGACGUAUUCUAUACACAGCGUGUGAUUGCGUGUAAUUCCGAGCAAUUCCGAGUUCGGUUUGGUAUUGUUAUUAGCAUUCUAAUUAGUUAAUUUCAUUAAUUUAUCAAUAACUUCUGUACAUUGAAAGCAUUCCUUGCUUUCGUGAAAACCACGAAGAAAUUUUACAAUAUUUCGACACAUUGCGAAGAUGAUUAGAAUUUUUAAUUGCAAUACAGUUUGAAAGAAUAAUUUAGGAAUUAUCGUAUCUAAAUUACAGAAGCAUGUCGAGUUGUCCGAAGGUGUGCACCCCACUUCCCAAAAGCCUGACUAGUCACAUAAAGAUCUGUGAGAACACUCAGCAAUAUGUCAUUGACUUUUUACAAAAUUUGUUGCCACCAUCCGAUCGUAAAUCUAUUCCGGAUGAUUUGCGAAAGACUUAUAUACUUAACAAGAUAAGACCAAAGUUUAAGCAGAAAGUGAAGAAAGGCAAGUGCUUCUCCAACAGGAAGAGAUUACGCCUUGGUUUAGGCAGGAUUGGUAAUAGGAAUCAGAUGAAGUAUUCUGAUCUUUUGCCCUUAAAUCAAUUAUGGUUACAGUAUAUGCGAGAAAUGCUUGGCAUUGAAUCAUUUGCAAGUAUACCAAAGGAUCCUAGCAGUCCAAAUUGGGAGAAUGUAAACUUGCAAUUGGUGAAAGCUGAUUUUCACGGUGCUAAAAUCUCGAUUGAUAGAUCAAUAUGCCCCAGUCUGGUAGGAGUUGCAGGAAUUGUCAUACAAGAUACACAGAACACUUUCAGAGUUUGUGGAAUGGACAAUGUUAUUCGAACCAUACCAAAGAACGUGAUUAAGAUUAAUGUUCAUUUGGACGAUGGUGUAACAUUGAAAGCAUUUGGAAGAGAACUUUCUGUAAAGCCAGAAAAACGAGCAAAGAAAAAGCUUAAGAAUAGUUCAAUUAUAAUGCUGUGAUAAAUAGUUAAUAUAAUGUAUUUAAAUUUGACGCCACCUACAAAGAUUCAUAAGCAUGAAAUCUUGAUAAAGAAGUCACAUUGCAGAGGAAAGUAAAAAAAUAUAAUAAAAUAAAUCAGUAUAUGGAUAAUGUAA